UCUCCUGGCGAAGGCAGUGUUUCCGCUGCGGCUCAUCCUCCCGCUCUGUUCACUCCUACCCACUCCUACCCACUCCUACCCGAGCAGGAAACAUUCAACUGCUCUGAAUAUGGAAAUGGAUCUUGCCCAGAAAACCCAAGGCCGCUGGGCGUCCGCACAGCCAUGUACUCAUUUAUGGCAGGAGCCAUAUGCAUCACGGUCUUCGGCAACCUGACCAUGAUCAUUUCCAUCUCCUACUUCAGGCAGCUGCACACGCCGACCAACUUCCUCAUCCUCUCCAUGGCGGUCACCGACUUCCUCCUGGGCUUCACCAUCAUGCCGUACAGUAUGGUCAGAUCGGUGGAGAACUGCUGGUAUUUCGGGCUCACAUUUUGCAAGAUUCAUUAUAGCUUUGACUUGAUGCUUAGCAUAACGUCCAUUUUCCAUCUUUGCUCCGUGGCCAUUGAUAGAUUUUAUGCUAUCUGUUACCCUUUACGGUAUUCCACCAAAAUGACCAUUCCAGUCAUUAAGCGGUUGCUACUGCUCUGCUGGACAGUCCCCGGAGCGUUUGCGUUCGGAGUGGUCUUCUCGGAGGCCUACGCCGAUGGAAUAGAGGGCUAUGAUAUCUUGCUCUCUUGUUCCAGUUCCUGCCCAGUAAUGUUCAACAAGUUAUGGGGGACCACCUUGUUCAUGGCGGGUUUCUUCACUCCUGGGUCGGUGAUGGUGGGGAUUUAUGGCCAAAUUUUUGCAGUUUCCAGAAAACACGCCCGUGCGAUCAACAACUUAUCAGAAAAUCAAAACACUCAAAUGAAGAAAGACAAAAAAGCAGCCAAAACUUUAGGGAUAGUGAUGGGUGUUUUCUUGCUGUGUUGGUUUCCCUGUUUCUUCACAAUUUUAUUGGACCCCUUUUUGAACUUCUCUACUCCAGUGGUUUUGUUUGAUGCUUUGACAUGGUUUGGCUAUUUCAAUUCCACGUGUAAUCCUUUAAUAUAUGGUUUCUUCUAUCCCUGGUUUCGCAGAGCACUUAAGUACAUUUUACUAGGUAAAGUUUUCACCUCACAUUUCCAUAACACUAAUUUAUUUACUCAAAAAGAAACUGAAUAGACUUAUUCUGUAUGAGUGAAUUGAAGAAAAAGAACUGGAAGUAAGAAGAAUGAAGUCAUUUCAAGUAUGCAUGUGUGUGAUGUAUUUUGACUAUCAUGGAAAGUUCCUAGUUUCUAACACUUGAGGAAAAGAAGAGGACUCAUUUUUGACCAAAAAUUGCUCCUUUUUAGCAUACUUCAUAUGCACACUACUUCCAUGUAGAGAAAAAAAAAAGAAUGUUAGAAAGGUGAAAAGAAGUUGAAAAAAGGUGGGAGUGCGAUGAAGACACACAAAAUCUUUUGAACUACGUGGAAGGGGGCAUCCACAGCUGAGCUCGAGGACUGAGGCCCCUUCCCCACCACACACACCUCCCGGGAUAGUCCCAUCCACGUUUUCUCCUUCCGUGUCUGACCAGAUGUAUUUUGACAUAUCGACAACUAAAAACUAUAGGUAAAUAAAUACAGGAUUAACAAUUUCAGAAAUGCACAUGCUGUCAGGAAUCAGUCAUCAGUUAGCUGAGAGUUAAGCUUUGACUUGAUGUUAUUGUUGUGAGGUUAAACAUUUUUGAAAUGGAAGAGAAAUGGAAAUUGUGUAACUGAAGCCACAGUGUCAACCAACGUGUUUAUGCAGGUCUCAUAUUAAUCACAGCAAUUUCUAUCUUUUUAGAUGCAAAUUCAUUCAGUGCCUUCCUUUCUUCCUCAGGCUCAUUGGCUUUUUGUAUUGCUAAUUGGUAUCCUCAUUUUUAAUAAAUGUAAAAUACAUAGUCCAAAA